AUGCGCAUUGGUCCUUCGUUUCUCACCGGUCCCCGCACUCAAGCAGCCCUUGUGCCUUGCGUGCCGUCCCACGCUGGUCGCUCCAUUUUGGCAAGCUACGCUUGCAGCACGGAUGCCGGGCUCAGACGGUUGGCCGCUCGCUUUGCUGUGCGGCCCACAUCCAUUCGACACGGGCGCCUGUGCACAAACGCAAGCAUCAUCAAUACCGGGCGGGCCACGAUAGAGCGACCCCGUCGCAUCAAGGUGGCCCAUCAUCGGCUCUCGUACCUGCUGCCGCUCCCAAACGACUUGUCUCAUUGA